UUGCCUUUGUGCCACAGCAUGCUCAAAACACUUGAAAGGUAUCAAAAAUGCAGUUAUGGAUCUUUAGAAGUCAACAAUCCUGGGAAAGAGAUUGAGCAAAGCAGCUAUAGGGAAUACCUAAAACUGAAAUCAAAGUACGACUCUUUGCAACGAUACCAAAGGCAACUUCUUGGGGAUGACUUAGGACCUCUAAACAUCAAUGACCUUGAGCAUAUUGAACAUCAAUUAGAGACAUCAUUGAAGGACAUUAGGUCUACAAGGACACAGGUUAUGCUAGAUCAACUUUCUGAUCUUCAAGCUAAGGAGAAGAUGAUGCUUGAUGCAAACAAGGCUUUAGAAAGAAAG